AUGGUUAAACAAACGAUUCAAAUCUUUGCCCGUGUGAAACCGACGAAGAAACCCACCGCGGUUUCAGAAGGUUUUGACCAAAGAGCCAGUCAAGAGGAAAUCUUUGAGACCAUUGCCAAGCCUGUUGCUGAUAAUGUGCUGGCAGGUUAUAAUGGCACCAUCUUCGCCUAUGGCCAGACCGGAAGUGGGAAGACCUUUACAAUCACUGGAGGUGCGGAGCAUUAUAAUGACAGAGGGAUCAUCCCCAGAACUCUUUCUUACCUUUAUCAUCAUUUCAGCAAGGACAGCAGUAUGAUCUAUACAACCCAAAUUUCUUACCUGGAAAUCUACAAUGAGGCUGGCUAUGAUCUGCUGAAUCCCCAACAUGAAGCAUCUCGUCUGGAGGACUUACCGAGGGUGACAAUAAUGGAAGACUCAGACCAGAACAUUCACCUCAAGAACCUGUCGUUGCAACAGUCAGCCAAUGAAGAGGAAGCUUUGGAUUUGCUUUUUUUAGGAGACACUAAUCGUAUGAUCGCAGAGACUCCCAUGAACGAGGCUUCUACACGGUCUCACUGCAUCUUUACCAUUCACCUGUGCAGCAAAGAGCCGGGCUCAGCCACGGUACGCUGCUCCAAGCUCCACCUGGUGGACCUGGCUGGGUCUGAAAGAGUGGGAAAGACUGGUGUGGGAGGUCAAAUCCUAACAGAAGCUAAAUAUAUUAACCUCUCCCUGCACUACUUGGAGCAGGUAGUAGGACUUUCUUUGUUACAGAUGUUUUUUAAGGUGCAUUAUGGAAUUUUGGUCUCUCUGACACAACCUCUAGUUGAAGCAUAUAAUUGCAAGUUACUUGGAGAAUUGUUUUUUUGUUUCAUGUUGAAACAUGCAGCUCUUGAAUGCACAUCGAUGAUCAAUUUAAUGGUUUUAGAUAACCCAUAG